GUUCUCUCUCCCUCUCUCCUACCUGGGCAAGAAUCUCGGUUGAUUCCGAGAUUAAAGGGAUUUAAGACAAACCUGCAAAAUUAGGGUUUUUUGUGGAUAUGGAUUAUGAUCGGUUCAAGUUAUUUGUUGGUGGUAUUGGGAAAGACACUAGUGAAGAAGAUUUGAAGCAGUAUUUUAGCAGAUAUGGACUUGUGUUGGGAGCUGUUGUAGCUAAAGACAAAGUCACUGGUAUAUCCAGAGGGUUUGGGUUUGUUCGCUAUGCUAAUGAUUAUGAUGUUGUUAAAGCUCUUAGUGGCACUCACUUCAUUCUUGGUAAACCCGUUGAUGUGAGGAAGGCUUUUCGGAAACAUAUAUUGUACCAACAGCCGUUUAGCAUGAAGUUUUUGGAGGGAAAAGUGCAACAGAACAACGGUGGUUUGCGUGAGAUGUCGAGUAAUGGUAAUAUUCAUAGGACUAAGAAGAUAUUUGUUGGGGGUUUAUCGUCUAACACGACUCAGGAAGAGUUUAAGAGUUACUUUGAGAGGUUUGGUCGGACGAUUGAUGUAGUUGUGAUGCAUGACGGUGUGACAAACAAGCCAAGGGGUUUUGGGUUUGUUACUUAUGAUUCAGAGGACUCUGUUGAGUUUGUUAUGCAGAGUAAUUUCCAUGAGUUGAGUGAUAAGCGCGUUGAAGUGAAACGGGCAAUACCUAAAGAAGGAAUCCAGAGCAAUAACGGUAAUGUUAACGUUAACGUGCCUCCUACAUACAGCAGCUUUCAAGCAACACCGUAUGUUCCUGAGCAAAACGGAUAUGGGAUGGUUCUACAAUAUCCUCCUGUGUUUGGUUAUCAUCACAGUGUCCAAGCCGUUCAAUAUCCUUAUGGUUACCAAUUCACAGCUCAAGUGCCUAACGUUUCAUGGAACAAUCCGAUUAUGCAACCCACCGGUUUUUACUGUGCUCCUCCUCCUCCUCCUCCUCCUCCUCCCAGCAACACUCUUGGUUAUCCCCCUUACAUGAACGGGUUUGAUCUUUCGGGUACGAGCAUUCCCGGGUACAAUCCUGUACCAUGGCCUGCAACGGGGGAUGCAGCUGGUGUGCUAAUACAGUUCGGAAAAUUGAAGUUUGAUGUCCAUAGUCAAGCACAUCAGAGAAUGAAUGGAGGUAACAUGGGAAUACCAUUGCAGAAUGCCAAUCUCGAGCAGAAAAGUUACAACCCAAAGAAGAUGAUGAAGCUUCAAAUUCUAUGGCUCGCUUUGGUUUUAAUCACCGUUGAAGCUAAUGCAGUCAAGCAAGGGAUAAACGCAACGAUCCCGGCGCUAAUAGUUUUUGGAGAUUCAAUAAUGGAUACAGGAAAUAAUAAUAAUCUUCCCACUCUUCUUAAAUGUAACUUCCCUCCAUAUGGUAAAGAUUAUCCUGGAGGCUUUGCCACUGGAAGAUUUUCUGAUGGAAGAGUUCCUUCUGAUCUUAUUGCGGAAAAGUUGGGAUUGGCUAAGACAUUACCAGCAUAUAUGAAUCCAUAUUUGAAGCCUGAGGAUCUUCUUAAAGGUGUAACAUUUGCAUCUGGAGGAACUGGUUAUGAUCCAUUGACAGCUAAAAUUAUGUCAGUGAUAUCGGUGUGGGAUCAACUCAUAUAUUUCAAAGAAUAUAUAUCAAAGAUCAAGAGGCAUUUCGGAGAAGAAAAAGCCAAAGAAAUCUUGGAACAUAGUUUCUUUCUUGUGGUGUCUAGUAGCAAUGACCUUGCUCACACUUAUUUAGCUCAAGCUCAUAGAUAUGAUCGUACCUCUUACGCCAAUUUCUUGGCUGACUCUGCUGUCCAUUUCGUGAAAGAAUUACAUAAGCUUGGAGCUCGGAAAAUUGGAGUGUUUAGUGCAGUCCCCGUUGGUUGUGUUCCUCUUCAAAGAACAGUUUUUGGAGGGUUUUUUACAAGAGGAUGUAAUCAACCUCUAAACAACAUGGCAAAACAAUUCAACGCAAGACUUUCUCCAGCACUAGAUUCUUUAGAUAAAGAGUUGGAUGGUGUUAUUCUUUACAUUAAUGUUUAUGAUACUCUUUUCGACAUGAUCCAACACCCUAAAAAAUACGGUUUUGAGGUAGCUGAUAAAGGAUGUUGCGGUAAAGGACUGCUCACGAUAUCUUAUAUGUGUAACUCAUUGAACCCAUUUACGUGUUCUAACUCUUCAGCUUAUAUAUUUUGGGAUAGCUAUCAUCCAACUGAAAGAGCUUAUCAAGUUAUUGUCGACAAUUUACUCGAAAAAUAUUUGAGCAAAGUCUAUUGAUGUUGAAAAAUCAAACAAAAUUGUAUCUUUUUGUCUCAUUGUCUUUUUUUCAUCUCAAUUCAUGUCUCACUAUGUAUUCGUUCCUUAAAAUUUAAUUAUUCAAUGUAUCAUGCAAUUUUUACUCCUCAGAUUAUUAACUUUAACAGUCAUCAAUAAGAAUUUGCAUACUAU